AUGUUCAAAUGGCUCAUCUUUCUCACUUGCAUCAACGUGGUGCUAUGCAGCUCCGAUCUGUACUCUUUACCUGAUCUUCCCCCUGGAGAAGCACCGGAGCCUAUCAUCACGUUCAUGGAAAAUACCUAUCGGUCUGGCAGAAGCCGGGCUGGGUAUGACGCUGGAGAGCCUUUACUGUUGACAAAAAUGAUAGAGGAAAAAAGGCUUGAAGAGGCAAGGAAGGCGGCGUACGUUGACCCUGAAUUUAUUUUACCAGAUAUGGAGAGUUAUGCUGGAUAUUUGACUGUAAACAAAGAAUACAACUCAAAUCUAUUCUUUUGGUAUUUUCCGGUGAUGGAAAAAUCUGUGGAAGAAACUCCCUGGAUUAUCUGGCUUCAGGGAGGACCUGGUGCAUCAUCACUCUAUGGGCUUUUUACAGAGAUAGGACCAUUUUUUGUAAACAAGGAAAACACUUUAGAAGAAAUGAAAUAUUCUUGGAGUAAAAAUCACUCUCUUUUGUUCAUUGACAAUCCCGUUGGGACCGGCUUUAGUUUUACUGAUGAUGAUCGAGGUUAUGCCACCAAUCAGACUACGAUUGGCGAAAACCUUUAUACAGCCCUACAACAGUUUUUGACGCUGUUCCCAGAAUUACGUAAGGCACCUCUGACUAUCGCUGGAGAAUCUUAUGCUGGAAAGCAUAUUCCGUCACUUGGAGUGCAAAUAUUGUGGCAUAAACAAGAGGAUGAACCAAUCAAUCUCCAGGGAUUAGCAAUCGGUAACGGUUUCAUAGACCCUCUAACUCUUCAGAGGUACAGCUACUUCGUUCGGGAAGCAGGACUAGUUGAUGACAAAGCAGCCAAUUUUAUGAAUCAAAUAGAAACUGCGGUGGUACAGUUUAUAAACAACGGGGAAAUGCUGAAGGCCUACGCUUACUACAACUAUUUAUUACAACUGUUUCUCUCGGAGUCAAAACUGAACAACUUGUACAACUACCUUCAAGAUGAAAUAAGUCUAGAUGGUGCAUAUUUAGAUUACAUCCAAAGGGAUGACGUUCGUCGCGCUCUUCACGUGGGAAAUACGAAUUUUACAUCAAUUGGUGUGGUGUACAGAAAACUCGUUCCAGACUUUAUGGGCAGUGCAAAGCAUUGGCUUGAAGAAUUGCUUGAAAAUUACAGAGUCAUGCUUUAUAAUGGCCACUUAGACAUCAUAGUCGCUUACCACCCUUCAGUAAACACAUACGAUUCUUUGUCCUUCUCCGGCUCAUUAGAAUACCGAGUUGCGAAGCGAUAUCCUUGGUAUCACAACGAUGAAUUAGCUGGGUACUUUAAGAUAGCGGGAAAUCUUACCGAAGUAAUGAUUCGUGGAGCCGGUCAUAUGGUACCAGCGGAUAAACCAUCACCAGCUUUUGGGUUAAUAUCAGCAUUCGCACGCGGCAUAUCAUUAUAUAAUGAUACAGGCUACUUAGUUCCUGAAAACGUCAUGAUAAGAACCCGCCAACUUCCAAUAAACUGA